AUGGAAAAUGCACCUGGAAAUUGUCAAUUGAUAUCUCCAAUUAUUCAAAAGGAUAUUAUCAAUUGUUGUGCUAAAGAAACAACUAAGCGAAUUGUGGAUGAUCUUGGUGAGGAUUGCUUUGCUAUAUUAGCCGAUGAAUCAAGCGAUGUGUUGCAAAAGGAACAAUUAUCCCUUUGCAUGCGCUAUGUUGAAAAAAAAAGUGGAAAUGUAGUUGAACGAUUCAUUGGUCUUGUGCAUGUCGCUGAUACAACAGCUUUGUCUCUUAGAAGUGCAAUUUUGGCUUUGCUUUCUGAACAUUCACUGAGUCCAUCUAAUAUUCGAGGACAAGGAUAUGAUGGGGCUAGUAAUAUGAAGGGUGAGAUACAUGGACUUAAGACUUUGAUUAUGGAAGAUACUCCAAGUGCUUACUACAUCCACUGCUUUGCGCAUUAG